CUCUGCGGAGGCGACUCGCUGACACGCUGGGUGAUAUAACUUCUUCACCGACUCCUCAGCGACUUUCCUCCCGCCCUGCAGAGCUCCGGGGCCCGCCACGUUCCCCAGCAUGUCCGCCGACAAAGUUCCUGACACACCGGUGGAAAUAGUCUCAGAUCUUCUGACCAAAGCGAGGAACAUCGCCGCCACAUGUGAGAAUGUCCCCGAGGAGCUGUCGAGCCUCCUGCAGAAGGCUCUGGACAUGACCCGAGGCCUGGACGACUACCUGGGGAAGAUGAGCGCGCGGGAGAGCGAGCCGCUGGCGGAGCUGUACAGGAAAACUGUGACUCAUGACUGGGACCAGGUGCACAAAGACGGAAAGACCAUGUUCAGGCUUCCAAAGGAGUGUAUCACUGGACACGUGGAAGGUCAGACCCUGAAGAUGCUCGUCCACUUGAGCCGGGCCAAGCGUGUGCUGGAGAUCGGCAUGUUCACGGGUUACGGCGCGCUGUCCAUGGCCGAGGGGCUUCCCGAGGACGGCCGGCUGGUGGCCUGCGAGCUGGAGCCGUACCUCAAAGAGUUCGCCCAGCCCGUUUUCGACAAGUCUCCACACGGCAAGAAGAUUGUAGUCAAGACUGGAUCCGCCAUGGACACCCUGAAGGAGCUAGCCGCCGCCGGUGAGCAGUUCGACAUGGUCUUCAUCGACGCGGACAAGACGAAUUACAUCAACUACUACAACUUCAUCCUGGACAGCAACCUGCUGAGACUGCACGGCUUCCUGUGUGUGGACAACUCUCUGUACAAGGCCAAGGUCUACCUGAAAGACACCGCGGACGACAACGGGCUGGCUCUGCGGGAGUUCAACCAGGUGGUCGCAGACGACCCUCGGGUGGAGCAGGUGAUCGUCCCUCUGCGAGAUGGACUCAGUCUGAUCCGCCGGGCGUCGCCAGCAUCCGAGUGCUCACGCCUGAAGGGUAAAAUAACAGAUGACGAGGUUUUCCGAGGCGUCAGGGGCUGCUCCAUCCUGGAUCGGAUGCGUCUCGAUGGGAAGGUGGCCUACGUGACGGGCGCAGGUCAGGGAAUCGGCCGAGCGUUCGCUCACGCUCUGGGCGAAGCCGGAGCCAAAGUGGCCGUGGUGGACCUGGAUCAGGAGCGAGCCCAGCAGGUCGCAGAGGAGCUGCGUCUGAAAGGCAUCACUUCCACGGCGCUCAAAGCCGACAUCAGCGAACCCGACGACGUGCAGCGGAUGAUCGACGGCAUCGUCUCCAAGUGGGGGGGCGUCCACAUCGCCUGCAACAACGCCGGCGUCAACAUGAACUCGGCCAGCGAAGACACCAGCCUGGAGGAGUGGGACCGGACCUUCAGCGUCAACCUGAGGGGAACCUUCCUGUGCUGCCAGGCUGCAGGUCGAGUGAUGUUGAAGCAAGGAUACGGCAAGAUUAUCAACACGGCCUCCAUGGCCAGUCUAAUAGUUCCUCAUCCGCAGAAGCAGCUUUCCUACAACACCUCCAAAGCCGGCGUGGUCAAGCUGACUCAGACGCUGGGCACCGAGUGGAUCGACCGAGGAGUGCGAGUCAACUGCAUCUCACCGGGGAUUGUUGACACCCCUCUCAUCCACUCGGAGAGUCUGAGGCCUCUGGUGCAGCGCUGGCUGUCAGAUAUCCCUGCUGGUAGACUGGCUCAAGUGACAGACCUGCAAGCUGCAGUGGUCUACUUGGCAUCUGACGCCUCCGACUACAUGACAGGGCAUAACUUAGUCAUAGAGGGUGGGCAAAGUCUGUGGUAGAAGGGCUCGAUGAAGAGAUGAGAAACUUCUUCACUCUCCGGGGAUUAGUCUUUUCACACAUUCACAGUGGGAUUGAUUAAUUUUUGGUCUUUAGUAGUGAGGUGUGUGCUGGACGUCAUCACUGUAUCUCAUUUUAUUGGACGUAAGAAAAAACAUACUGUACUUUUAAACCUGUUUCAUUUACUCAAUGUUUCUAUUCUUUUUUUUUUUCACUCUGAAUGCUGGUAAAAAAAAACUGAAGUGUCCUUAAAGCACAGUGCGUUAGCCUUAUGUAAUGUCACAUGUGUGCUGUAGGGGGAAGUAGUGAGUCACUGUAGCCUCCAGUCUGUCUUCACUCAGGCGGUUUUAGACGUUCACUAGUGGAAGUUGUUCAGACAUCAUUGUGUUUACAAUUUAAUCUGUUUCUACAUCAGCUGACAAGCAAAAGUAGUAUUUUACAGUAUUUCAUGUCAUCAUAGUUUUAUGACAAGUUGAUUCUGAAAAUAUGAAACUCAGCACUGUUGUGUCCAAAUCUCAAAACUUCAUUCACAAAGUCAUACAAACUCUAAUAAACAUAAGGAAUUGUUGGAUUGAUGCUCUCAUGAGUCAUAAGUUUGCUUCUUUUUUAAUAAAUGAUGUCAGAUUGCUUAAUUUUAUGAGCAAUAUAUUUGGUGCUUUUUCUAUUCUUCUACGUUUUUUAGUUACAUAAGUGUAACAUAGCUAUUGUGCACAGUUUGCUUAAACAUUUAUGAUGGAUCCUCAGAUCAGCUCCUUCUCUAUCUUCAUUCAACACUGAAAAAACAAAUGAAGAACUGAUAUCGUGAUUUCAGCUACAUUUUUGGUAGAUUUAAACCACGUUAUGGCACAUUUAUUUCACACAUUUAUCAUUCAGUUUUGCUACAAAUUAAUCAUGAAGUUGUCUCAUCAACACCUCAGUGAACUGAUGGCCGAAGUGGUUUUUGACCAAAAUGCAUAAAAGGCUAUUUUUUUUUCCAACUUGUGAAGCCACUGGUCACCUCAGGUGAAAUUACUUCCAUCCAUCGUAUCAUAGAGAUAUUUUGCUCUAGGGCAUUAGUUUAAGAGAGUGACACAGUGUGAUCUAAUUAAUAAAAAAUUAUACUGUGAAUAAUGCAAAAUCGCACAACCUUACUGGGCAUUUUGUGCAUGCUGGUGCUGGAGUGACUCACUACGCCACCUGGUGGUAAAAAUUGGGAUUGCAAUAAUGAACAGGCUGGGGCAAGGAGGUUAGCUCGCUAACUUUUGUAGAAGUGACUGCAGCAAUAUAUGGAUUGAGAUGUAUGACGAUGUUUCUUUCCUUUCUGUUUGUAAUUGUGGGCUAAAUUUCUCUGUGUUAAGUUUGAAUCAUCGUUUAUUGAACCUGUUGUCGUCAGAGUGACACUGAAAUGUAUCUGGAGUGCGAGGUUGAAGAGAAUAAAGGUUUUGUACUGAG